CUUUGAACCAAACAAUUCGUUCCAUACACCCAAAUUGAACUGCCCGACACCGUUAUCAGCGUCCUCCUCAAGAUCAAGAUGAAGUAUAACCCUGACGUCUCCUCUUCGCGGCGCAAGAACCGCAAGGCCCAUUUCAGCGCACCCUCCUCGGUCCGCCGCAAGAUCAUGUCGUCAUCUCUAUCCAAAGAACUCCGGGCGAAAUACAACACGCGGUCACUACCGAUCCGUAAGGAUGAUGAAGUACGGAUUUUGCGGGGGAAAUACAAGGGCCGGGAAGGAAAGGUCACACAGGUGUACCGCAAGAAAUGGGUCAUUCAUGUUGACCGUGUGCAACGCGACAAAUCCAACGGUGCUACUGCUCCCAUCGGUAUCCACCCCAGCAAAGUCGUGAUUACCACCAUCAAGCUUGACAAGGAUCGUCGGGCAAUCCUUGAUCGUAAAGACAGAUCAAAGACUGCACAACCUACCGCCACUGAGGAUGUCGAGAUCGUGGAUUGAUUUCCUGUCGCGUAUUGAUUGUCCUCGGCUUUCCUUAUUGCAUUCACAAAACCACCAUGUAUCUAUGCGCACUAUCGCACAUGAUAUGCACCAUGAUCCUCCUGCUAUACUUUGAGACAGCUGCCUUGGGCAAUAGUGUACAGAUUGAUCCAGAUUACCCUUGCAGCUUGCAUAGAACACAAAUAGUACAUUGCGGUACUAACUAUCGAUCAGAAAAUGACAUCUGCAUCCUUGGUACUCAGCA